AUGGCUGAGAACAACGCUCCUUCGACGGCCAGCCAGCUCCCUCACGGAUCGCAACCCGGCGCAGGCGCGCAGGGCUUCGACAAUGGUCAGAAUGGGCAGCCUGGCGCAUCCCACCUUCCGCCCCCACCUCUCCAUAUCCCCCAGAACACCAAUCCGAUCCCGACAGCGCUCACUUCCCCUAUGUCAGGAGGCGACAAUUCGGCCAUGAUGUCUCCAACUUCCGGGGGCGGCUUUCGACGCGCCGCGCCAGAACCUAACAAGCGGGCGCUAUACGUUGGAGGGUUGGACCAGCGAGUCACUGAGGAUGUCUUGCGACAGAUCUUUGAGACCACUGGCCAUGUUCAGAAUGUCAAGAUCAUCCCCGACAAGAACGCUAAGGGCUUCAACUAUGGGUUCGUCGAGUACGAUGAUCCUGGAGCUGCCGAGCGCGCUAUGCAGACGCUCAAUGGACGUCGAGUACACCAAUCGGAAAUCCGAGUCAACUGGGCGUAUCAGUCUACUACUUCGAACAAAGAGGAUACGUCUGGCCAUUUCCACAUCUUCGUCGGAGAUCUGUCCAACGAAGUCAACGACGAAAUCCUUAUGCAAGCUUUCUCCGCCUUUGGCUCGGUCUCGGAAGCCCGUGUGAUGUGGGAUAUGAAAACGGGUCGCUCAAGGGGCUAUGGCUUCGUCGCUUUCCGUGAUCGCCCCGAGGCCGAGAAGGCAUUGAGUUCGAUGGAUGGCGAAUGGUUGGGGUCCAGGGCAAUCCGCUGCAACUGGGCAAACCAAAAGGGCCAACCCUCGAUGGCGCAGCAGCAGGCCAUGCAGGCCAUGGGACUGACGCCCACCACUCCGUACGGCCACCAUCAGUUUCCCUCGAACGGCGUCGGUAGUUUCGACGCUAUUCAGGCUCAGACGCCGAACUGGCAGACCACCGUCUAUGUCGGCAACCUGACUCCGUACACCACUCCUCAGGAAGUGGUGCCUCUAUUCCAGAACUUUGGCUUUGUUCAGGAGUCGCGUUUCCAUGCGGAUCGAGGCUUCGCAUUCAUCAAGAUGGACACACACGAAAACGCCGCCAUGGCUAUCUGCCAGAUGAACGGAUACAAUGUCAACGGACGACCACUCAAGUGCAGCUGGGGCAAGGACAAGACUCCUGGAGCUCAAGCCUUUGACCCAUCCUCGCCAUACAGCCCUCAGAGUGCGGCGACGCCUGGUGGUUUCCCCGGCACGCCCACAUUCUACCCACAGUACGGUGCGCAAUACAACGGUCAACAGGGCAACUUUGGUGCGCCUCACGCUGGAUCUCCCGCCGGAUUCCCUGGUUCCCCCAUGGGGUACGCACCACCCCAGAGCGCUGGUGGUUUUGGUCGAGGCCAGCAAGCUCCUCAGACUCAGUGGUCCCCGCCCGCUGGGGGACAGAACUUCAACAAUGGCUACAGCGGCUAUCAGUCGUAA